AUGGGCCGGAUUACAGAGUUUUUUGAAGGAACAGAUCAUGGAUUAUAUUUCACAUGCCGUUCGUUUUUCCGUGUGGCAGAUACGGUCAUCUCACCGAAGCUACUUCAGGUCCAUGAUCAUCAACAUAAUGAUAGGCGUGUUUUCCUUUCAGAGGAAAAGAAUGACAACUUGAUUGAGUCAAUAAUCUGUAAAUUAUACAUCGUUUAUGUUGAUCCAGAUGAUAUACCACAGGCAAAAGAUCGGUUAAUAUCAAAUUCUGAUUUCUAUUAUGAUAUGUGUUACUCGGUGGCAUGUUCCACAUUUGCCAAUAUGCGAGCAGAAAAUGAUGGUGCAGCAGACAUUGAUACAACUUCAGAUAUAUCUUGUGAAGAGGGGAAACCAGUGGCUGACCUUGUGACAUAUAGUCUGCUCGAUCUAUAUUCAGGGUGUGGGGCUAUGUCAACAGGGCUCUGCCUUGGUGCAGAAUUGGCUGGCAUAAAAUUAGAAGCUAAAUGGGCUGUGGACAUGAACUCGCAUGCUUGUGAGAGCCUAAAGCAUAAUCACCCUUCAACACAGGUAAGAAAUGAGAAGGCUGAAGAUUUCCUAUCCCUCCUUCAACAGUGGAAUGCACUCUGUAAGAAAUAUGUCAUCCACGGCAGCAAUUCUUUGGGCUCUGAUCUAGCCCAGGCGUCAAACAAUGAUGAAAAUGAUGAAAACGAACCUCUACCAAAGGAUGUAUUUGAGGUAGCGAGGCUUGUUGAUAUAUGCUAUGGCGAUCCAAAUAAGACUGGCAAAAAUGGCUUAUGGUUUAAGGUUCGGUGGAAAAAAUAUGAUGCUAGUCAAGAUACAUGGGAGCCAAUUGAUGGUCUGAGUGGUUCCUAUGAGUGUUUUAAAGAAUUUGUUCAGAGUGGAUAUAGGGAUUCCAUUCUGCCUUUGCCUGGUUCUGUGGAUGUUAUUUGUGGGGGUCCUCCCUGCCAAGGAGUUAGUGGAUUCAACAGAUUCAGAGAGCACGAUGAUCCGUUGAAGGAUGACAAAAACAAACAGUUGGUUGUCUUUAUGGAUAUUGUGAAAUAUCUGCAGCCUAAAUAUGUUCUCAUGGAGAACGUUGUAGACAUCUUGAAAUUUGCAGAUGGGUUCCUUGGCCGCUAUGCAUUGAGCCGUCUUGUUGCUAUGAACUAUCAAGCAAGACUUGGGAUGAUGGUUGCGGGUUGUUAUGGGCUGCCGCAGUUUAGGAUGCGGGCAUUUAUCUGGGGAGCUCUUCCUUCCAUGGUUCUUCCGAAGUUCCCACUUCCCACCCAUGAUGUCAUUAAGCGAGGACUAGUCCCAAAUGCAUUUUCGAGAUGUCUCGUUGCUUAUGAGGAAACAACAAAUAAACACUUGAAAAAAGCUCUCGUCCUUGAAGAUGCAAUAUCUGAUUUACCCAAGGUUCAGAACCAUCAGCCUAAUGAUGUCAUGGAGUAUGGCAGUGACCCCAAAACAGAGUUCCAACGCUAUAUCCGGCUUAGCAGUAAAGACAUGAAGGAUCACUCAUUUGUAGAUGCUAGAACCAAGGAAGGUAAACUGUUUGAUCAUCAGCCACUACAAUUAAAUAAUGAUGAUCAUGAAAGAGUGCGGCAGAUUCCUGUGCAAAAGGGGGCCAACUUUCGUCAUUUGAAGGGUGUCCGGGUUGGGGCAAAGAAUACCGUGGAACUUGAUCCAGAUAUUCCUCGAGCACUCGUGUCUUCUGGGAAACCUUUGGUGCCUGAUUAUGCCAUAUCCUUCAUCAAGGGCAAGUCAUCAAAACCAUUCAGGCGCCUGUGGUGGGAUGAAACUGUUCCAACUGUUGUCACAAGAGCUGAACCUCACAACCAGGCUAUUUUGCAUCCAACCCAGCACCGUGUUCUGACUGUCAGAGAAAACGCAAGGCUCCAAGGCUUUCCAGACUAUUAUAGGCUCUUUGGGCCUAUAAAAGAGAAAUACAUUCAGGUUGGCAAUGCAGUUUCUGUUCCGGUUGCUCGAGCUCUGGGAUACUCCCUUGGACAGGCUCUCCGGGGUGAAUUUGUAGGAGACCAGCCCCUGUUCAAACUACCUGAGGAUUUCACUUGUAUCGGUCAAGCAAGAGCCACAGGAUCGUCGGUAGGAGUAGUGGAGACAGAGUAG